UCGCGACGAUUGUGAUAAGAUAAGUGUCAUGCUGCUAGUAGUAUACCAUCUGAGUAUCACCAUCCAAGUGUUUGACGUCCAGUUACUCCAAUAACUGUCACCCAUGUUCGAAUUUGACCCAGGAAAUGGAGGGAGAGAUGUUUCAGCACUUGUGUGUCUCCAAAGUGCUCCAGUUUGGACUAAUUCCCAAUAGAACGUAUGCAAAUAUCGCCUCUUAGGCCCUGGCAAUAUCCAAAGAAUGUUCAAGAUGAUGUUGAGAGGAGUUUCCGGAUAAUUCAGCAUCACGUGCACUUCAGCGGUGGCAGUGGCCUCACCUUUAACAAUAUUAUGAUACAACCACAACGUCAUGGAUUUUUAGACGCUCAUCUGGGAUUUCUUCAACUCCAUCACAGAUAUCAUAUGGAGUUUUCAAUACCCUGGAAUAGGUGUAUCCACAAUGAGAGUAAAACAAAGCCAGCGGCCAUUAUCGAGGACACCGGAAAUCCAAACUGCAAAAUCAUUGAUAUUGCAGCGGAAAAAGAUGACCUAAAACUUAAGGUGGAAUUGCUGGCCUACCAAGAGUUCCUGAGAGAAGCCAUUCGAGUGAAAUGCUGUGAAUCUGGAGCACCAUUAACAGUUACUCUGAAAGGAAGAGUUUUAGGGAAAGAUAAAGGAACGCCGGUCCUCAAAAACGGUGUUCGCAGUAUUGCCAUUGAGGCAGACGACGACGAUGAUAUGUCUGAGUGACUUUCAAACAUUAAAACCCAUCAAAAGUGAUUCAAUUGGAAAUAGGCUGUGUCUAUGAGCGAAAGAGCGUCUAGGGGCCUUCAUACAAAUGCAUUUUAUCUUAUCUCGAAGAUUUCAUUGGGAUGCAGUGAGUGAAACACUUUCACGAUGUAAUCGCAUCUGAGAUAUGAGUCUCGAUUAUUUCCGGCGAUGUGAUCACCCACCAUCCUUAUCAACAUCAAGUUUGUAAUGUAAAAAACAGUCAUGCAAUUUUUUUUCAUUUGUUUAACCAUUCUUUUUGUAAUAACAAAUAAUAAUUAUAUUCAGAGAGAGUCUAUCAGUCUUCAUUGAAAUCCACACUAUUUAUAGCAGAAAAUAAAGAGUGAUCGAAACAAGUCUAUAAAAAGGGAAUACCAGUCGGCCCAUCAACGAACUCACAUAUGUUAAACCCAAGUCUGACGAGAGGAUGGCAAUUGCUCCUGGGAUUCCCCCAUCUACCUCUGAAGCUCAUCCAGGCAGGAGUGCCCCCCGUCUCCUCAUCAGGAAGCACCUCCAGCCUCUUCCACGUGGGCCAGGCGAUUCCAAAUCCACUCUCGUCGUACAAUCUCGGUAGUCUAACAAAUUUGUGUUUACCCGGUGCUGUCCACAGCCCAUGAGAUCCCUUCGCACUAAAUAACACAGGAUGUGAUCCAGCAGAAGUGAAUACGUACUCCGGGAAAAUGGGCUUUUGGAAGAUACCUGUUUCGUCGUAAAUUAAUGAAAAUUCAAUUUUCACAAAACGAUGCCAAGAAAAGGGGGAAAAACAGUGACGUAAAUCUAAACACCGAAAUUUAAGAGAAAAAUGGCGACGGAAACGACCCUCUAGAUUUUGACAGAGGAACAUUGCUGUUGCCAGAAAUAUUGUUUCUAUUGGUUACAUAUUUGCUGCGUAUCAUACAGAAAGAUUUACUCAUACGAAGAGAAAUAUUCAGUAAAAAUUGCGGACCUCAAUUUCGCUCACUAAUUGCAGAAGGGACAAGGACAAUUUAAGGUGUUGGUAUCAUAAUUUUGUAGAGGUGAUUCACAUCAAAAUUACAGAUGGACAUGAAAAAUUCUGUGAAUGGUCCAUGAAACUUUCUUCAACUACGCAAAAUGUUCAGCUAAAUUCUCCUGGCCUAUCUUACUAUUCAACAAUUUUUCUAAGCAAUCGAUCACUAUAUUUCUCUUUACUUCCAAAUGAUUCGCAUUGAGAGUGGCAAUCGGAAGGGAAAUUAAUUCCGCAGCCCUGAAGAACUCAUUUUCAACGAUACAUUACCUUUCCGCGUCUCCUGACUCUCAUAAACGAAAGUUCCAGUCCUCACAUCAUACCGAUAGAAUGCCCCAGUAUCAUGAGCGGACACGUACAUGGCAACGGGAUGAUCAUCUCCCUUUUUUCCCCGGAAACACCAAUCAUCAUAAGACAAUCAUGAAAAUCGUGACUCCAAGAGUGAAAAUCCGAGGAUUAUUACCUUGAAGUAGAGACUCAUGUGUUCCCAAUCACCCACAUGAUUACCAUACUCCUUGAGCCGACCUAGACAAGUUCCCCCGACUGUUGGAAUAGGCCACGUACCAAAAAAUCCAAGAUCCAGAACGCAAACGGCCUUUCCCUCGCUGAAAGGAUAAAACAUCCAAUAGGUCACGUGAAAGUGCAUUCGCUUCCUCAAUCCGUUGUCAUUAUUAAUGACUUUUCCAUCGUCAUUAUUGGCUUCUGGCAUUGAUGUUGUCAUUUUAAUGAUGCUUUUCUUAAUGCCCAAUGGCAUUUCAUUAAUCUGAAGCGAUUGGUAGAGGUCAGAAGACAAUAUCUCGCGCCUUCUUUUUGAUCUCUCGAUGGAGUUCGACGAGUCACUUGUCUCCUCACAGGUCUUCACCAGGGCAUAGAUUGGGACUUUACCAGCCGGCUGCUUUCCGUAUAAAAACGAUGAUUCAUUCCUCAGCAACGUCACUGAUUUAAAGUGAAAAUUUACUUCCGCAAUUAAUAUUUUUCGAUUGGAAAUUUAUUGGAGGCGAAAGGUCAUAACAUUCCAUUGCAAAAAAAUGCUGCCCUUGACUACUAAAUUCGACUAUUAAAUUUCUCAGGUACAUCAUUUUUGGUUUUAAGAUUAUUAUAAAGCAAAUUUGGGGGAAUUAACAUACAUUUCAAUGCGAUUUCGCCUUCGGCUCGUUCUAAGAACCUCCCACGAGUCUAAAAACACUUUUCUCACGAGUAUCGAACACUAUUUUUCAACACAAUGUGCGGGAAGAGAAGCAGCCGUAAGACAAUAAUUCAAUCAAAAUAAAUAUUUGAAGGAAAAUUAAUAUUUUACGGAAUUCAAUUUAGAUAAUACCGAUUGGGUAUAAUUUUUUUAUAUUUUUCUCUAGAAUUUGACUGUAAAUAUUCCAAUGCAGAGAAGCCCAGCCGAUCUUAUAUACUUUAAUUUAGGAGUAAUCGACUAUUCAAACGGUAAACAUUCAUCGGAAAAAUUUUCAAUAUUCGUUUUGGGAAAGUCAACGAAAAUUUAAUGAGAAUCUUCAUCCAAUGAAAGCUGGAGAAGUGAAAAAAAAUAGGAAGUGAGGGAAAUUGCUCACCAACAUCAGUGCGCGUGCGGAGGUAAUUGUCACCGGCUUGCACGUGCUCGAGGAACUCCGGUACUCCAAGGGGCAUGAAUCUUUCCCCAGGUGCUAGCCAGACUAAUGGUGCCCAUGACUUUACAAGUUCUCUCACUGCAGGACAAUCAAAAACCUCAUAUAUGUUGGAAAUGAUUGAUGGGGGGGGGGGGUGGAAGCAGGAAGACAGGUGUCUGCAUGCACCGUAAAUAAUUCUCUGGUCUCGUGUAUCUUCUUGAAUUAGCCGUGCAGAUUGGCGCCUUUGUGCAUGCAAUUUUCUUUCGUGCAUUCACCGAAAUAAGACCGUUAGACAAGAAAAUGGAAAAAAAAUUUAUCGUAUCUCGGCAGCACGCAAUUCAUUGCCACUACACUUUCUACCUCACUUCAAUUACAGCCAUUACGUAAAUAAUAAGACUAGGAGCUUAUAAAAGGAAUGAAAGUGGUGGACUGCAUCUACAUCUUUACUUCCGAUCAUUUGUUGAAUUUUUUUUCUAAUCGCGAACACGAGGAGAUUACACUGUUGAUCAUUUGUUUUUUCGCCACAUCGAUUGAUCUUUUUAUUUUAGGACAUCGUAAACAACUGUUUUAAUCGAUCUUUACUGCCAAUCAUUUGUUGCAUUUUUUUUCUAAUCGCGAAAACGCGAGGAUUACACAGUUGCUCAUUUUUUUUCGUCACAUCGAUUGAUCUUAUUAUUUCAGGACAUCGUUAUCAACUAUUUGAAUGAAUUUGACUGGCAAUGAUUUGUGCACAAGUCAAUCUUCCCCUUUCCACACCGUAACCCCAUUAGGUAUUGAGGAAAUCGGUAAAUGAUGAGCUUCCGGCUGGAUGAAACGAGUUCAUCGAUACAGUAUUCGAUGAUAUUGACCGUUGCAAGACCCCCUGAUAGAACGCCGGAGAGAAUUUAAGUGGCGCACUUGUGAAUUAUUCGAUACACAGUUGAAGUUAACAAUCGUACAGGUUUCAUUAGACCGGUGCUGUGAAGGAGGACGAGUUGACAUUUUUUUUUUCCUCUGGCGGGUUGAAGGAAAGAAAUAUCUUGACGAAAAAAAUCGAUUUCUCGGCUAACCCAAUGACCCGAAUAAUCCUCAAUGCUAUCAGAUGUACAUUGGAUUGACCGAAGGGUAUUGAAGGUUCAGUAACAUGUGAGGGCAAUUGACAAAAAAUUUAAAAACAGUGAAUUGCGGUAAAUGAUUAACUCACCCCCGCUUCCAUCGCUCGUCACCCUCUGUACAAUCAGCAGAAUCAUCACCACCGGCCGCAGCAUAUUUCCGUAAAUGCAUUUUGCUCGUUUAACAUAAAUUUGAAUUUUUCAAAAUAAUAUGUCAUGAUGAUCAGUCAUUUUUAGGACACUGUCUUUGUAUUUGUAGUUAAUAUAAAGGAAUUUGACACUUCAGUGCAAGGAGCACGAGAACAAUGAGCCGACUUGGUCCUCCGGGUGCAACGUCUGCUAGUGACUGACCGCAUGUAUCCAAACAUUCCCACAAGCCGUUCACCAGCAGAACGCGCAUUAGGGUCGUGUAUGAUACAAACACGAUCAUCACAGUGCUAAACGGAAUCAUACGUGUACAGUAGUGAAUAUUUUUGGAUAGAAUUUAGACUGAAAAAGGAAGAGUUGUGUUAAACAUUCCUAUUGUUAUCCAAAUUUCAUUUAACUACACCUUAUAUUCAUCAUAACUUAAAAUUUGCCUCCUCGCUUCAGCCAAAUUGACAACACGUUGAUUAUUUAUAAUUAAAACCGAAUUUAAAUUAUAAAGUGUAAUUAAAUUAUUCAUUAUCGGUUAUAAUAGUUUUCUUCUGUAUAUUUAUAUUAUAUGCUGAUAGAAAUUCAAUUUAUUUCUAUUCAUUUCAUUGAAUUUAAUUAUCAAUGUCAAAUUUCCCCCCUUUCUCGGUAAAUUAAAGUUUAAAAAAAUUUGGAGCUCCCCACAAGAGGCCACAGACACCAAUCCGAGAUAAGUCUGUAUGCGUGAUGUCAACACGAACGAGUUCUCCAAGUCCAACUAUGCAAGAUUUUUUUAGUGGAAUGUGGCACGUACAUGCGAAAGAACCAGAGGAUAUUCUAAUGUCUCAAUGUAGACAGUCAUGAGGGAGGCGAGUAAGAACGUAACAGGACCGUAAUAGGACCGGUGAUUGCCAAAGAUAUUUCUUUAGUACUACCUCAGUACCUCAAGUGCCCAUGGAAAGCGUUACGAGACAUCCGAUGUUCUGAGGCACUUGAUGACGCGGGAAAAUAAUGCUCGGAAUAAUAAUAGCAAUUACAUUCCUUCAAGAUCGUUAUCCUUUUUAUUUCUCGUUUUGUUACCACUCAAACAUUUGUAACAGAUUUAAGCAAUGAUUAUUUCGGUGAAUUAUUUUUAUUUAAAACUUUUUUUUAUUCCUUUAUAGACUUUAUAUUAGAAACUGGAGGUCACAUAGAAUAUAUUUCAAGGUGAUUCUGGUACUGUUAACUUGACAAAUCACAAUCUGUACAACUAGAUUAAUUAGAAUUGAUUUUUGCAUACGUUUUAUUCUUUAGCGAUUCACCUCAGAUAUUUCGGUUAAUAAUAUCCGUCCAGAAAUAUCGUUAAGAGUGAUUAAAACACGAUUUUUUGGGAUUAAAAAUCAUGAGGAAAAAUUGUCAACGCUAUUAUCACUGUGGAAUAUUCAUUCUCCCACUUUUAUUUCGAUUGGAAUCUGAGAGAAAAACGAAUGAACUCCCAAACGAGUCGUGUUUCCACUAGUAAAAUCAUGAAUAGAAAGUCACUAAAAAAAAUGAUUCGAUACGAAUUACAAAAUUGUGAGUGACUCAAUUAAAAAAUAGUCUCCUUUGAAAAAAUACAAGUUAGAUUCAUUAAGAUAUUCCACCCCCACUCCUGUGGCCAAUCAUAAUUAAUGUACAUGUCCCAAGUUGGUCCAUUUCUCGGAAUCAAAAUAUCUUGUAUAAUGGGAGGUUUAUCCAGAAAAAAUGCAACUCUGAAUUACAAAAUUGCUACCACGUAAUUAUUAUUUAAUUUAAAAAUUGAUUUUAGAAUCAAUAGUUAUUGAAUAGCGAAAACGAUCGACUACUAUUCCUUAUUUACAAAGAAAGGAGUAUUCGUUACUCACAGUUAUGUUUCUUGCCUGCACAAAGAAUAAUUUUUUUCUGUAAAAUGUAAUCUAUUUCUCCAGUAAAAAUUUUCAAUCUCGUCGCACGCUUCGCAUAUUUUGUACAAAGAAAUUUUAUUACUCUUAACAAACGGUUUAUUUGGUACAAAUAGGACUCGUUUAAUCACUUCGCUGUUUUUCUCUCAGUACGGCGUGAAUGAACAGUUUGAUUAUUAUUGUAUAAUUGAACGUAAAUAUCUAACAACACGACCAGUUGUUUUUGCCUCUGACUGUUAAAAAGUGCAGUCUCUGUGGUCGUUUUCGAUGUCAGAUUAACAGCCAUGGCUAACAAGCAAAAUAUAUUAUUUUCUAAUUAAAAAAAAAACAAA